GACACAUUAGAUGUGGGUUAGUGAAAAUAUAUAUAUUGUAAAUUUCGACAGCAAGCGUAGCACCAUUGUCACGUGAGAAGUGUUACUUUUCACAGCGCUGGUCAGGAUAGACCAAUCACAGUGUUUCGUUGAUUGCUGGGCUUGGAUUAGUCGAACGUAAUUAUAUCGCGUAUCGAAUUUGCAUCCCAGUUAUUAGCUCUAUAAAUAAGCAGAAUACGCUUUCUACUCCGCACACGUUCCCAAUAACGCGAAAAAACGAUUUCUGGACGUACUCGAAUGGACGUCGAGCGCCCCCUCUAUUAUUAGCUGGAAACAUCAGGCGAGGGAGCGGCGCGACGUCCACACGCGUUUGGCAGCGCGCUGAGCUCGAGCAGCGGACGAGCCGUCGGUCGCUCGUCUAACGUUUUACACGCAAGCCGCCAACGAAACGCGCGCGCGACUCGGAGGAAAGCGCGGGAGUUUCUGCAGAUACAGGGUUGUGAUGAUCAAACAUGAGCGCUGAGCGUCAGAAGCGCAGGGAGGAGAUCCAGACAGGACUGAGCUUCAUCAAGUGUUCUCUGCCUUAUCCGGACCCUGAAGGCUUCGAGGUCGGGCUCGAGCGAAUUCACGGAGGAGAGCUGAAUAAAAGCGGGGCAGCUGCAGGAUCUGAGGCGACUUCGGUCAUGCCGUCACUUUUAGAUGAGACUUCUUCUGUGGGACUGGAGGAAGUGACAGACUCUGCAGGUGACUCUGGUUGGCCGUCUCCGGUCCCCGCGAGCGACCCCCACGGGGCCCUGGGUCUGGAGGACACCGAGCUGAUGGGAGACGAGCUGGACAGUCUGCUGGACUGCAUGUCUAAAGAGGAAGACGCGUCGCAGAGCAGAGUCGUUCCCAGCGGCCUGCUGUGUUUCUCACCUCCUCGCCUCCCUCCGGCUUUCUUCUCGUCCGUCGGGGGUGAGCUGAACUCUCUGGACUCCUUCACGGAAGCGGAGCGGCGCUCGGGGUUGAGCGGCGGCGGGCUGGACGCGCUGGACUCGCUCGGCCCGCCCCUGGCGGUGGGAGGAGCCUCGCUGGAUUCGCUGUCCGAGUUCGCCCUGCCAGGCGCGGAGAUCGGCCGCCGUUUCCUGACGCCUGUCAAGCUGACGCAUCCUCCCGCGAGGAAUGGUCAUGGGACCUCGACUCUGUCCAGGAACCCUCUUGAACAAUCACAUGACUUCACUCAGGCCUGCAGCAGCUGCUUCAGGAGCACGGGUCCAGGUGUGCUGGAUUUCGAGUUCAGUCCUGGUGUUUCUCACAGCUGUAAGAAGGAUCUUCUGCUGUGCAGGAGAAGGGGCGGGGCUAACCCACCCUGGAGGCGGAUCCGGCCCCGCCCAACUCGCAACAACUUCCAGGCCGCCUUUGUGCUCUGUAGAGAGGUGUUGGAGAAUCAGGUGUGUAAGUACGGCGAAGGCUGCACGUUUGCCUAUUGUCAAGAAGAGAUUGACGUGUGGACGCAGGAGAGGCGGGGCUUACUGAUCAGAGAGCUGCUCUUCAAUCCGCUCUCGACCAAUGAGAGACAAGCACUCGGCGUCAUUGAACUACUGAACAUACACACGGGCAUGUUUAUGUUCCUCUGUGAGGCCUGUUUCGACUGCCGACCCAGAACGAUCAGCAAACGCUGGAAGGAGAAUCCCGCUCUGUGUGCGAACGCACCGACUCGACAUCAGUUUGACAAGAACAAGUGUUUGGUUCACGCGGUGAAGAGCGGCGCUGUCAGUCACAGUAAGGUCCGAGCGCUGAGCUCUCGCUGUCAGUUUGACGUGUGUCGUCUCGAGCUCACUUCGGACUGUAAGAGGAAGGACGGCUGCUGCUUCGCUCACUCGCUCAUCGAGCUGCAGAUCUGGAUCCUGCAGAGAGACACUGGAAUCACUCAUGAAGAGAUUGUACAGGAGUCUAAAAAACACUGGAACAAACAGCUUCCUGCGGUCGUAGCUUCACUCUCACUGAGCAAAAUCACUGGUGCCAAAUCGAAGAGUCCAAUCAGAACGGAGGUGACGAAUGGAAACGUGGGUCCUGUGCAGGGAACAGGAAGUGCCAAGGUCAAAGGUCACAGGCUGGAGCUGAUGAAGUUUGUGUGCGGUCAGUGCUGGAGAGACGGGCUGGUCAGUGAACCGGACCGAGCGCAGAAAUACUGCACCGCUAAAGCCAGACACAGCUGGACCAAAGACAGGAGGGUUUUACUGGUCAAAUCCCAAGAGAAGAAGAAGUGGGUCGCAGUUCGACCUUUGCCCUUUUCCAAGACCUUUCCUCAACAAUAUGAAAUCUGCGUCCAUGUGCUGAAGCAACGUAAAUGCAAUUACAUCGGGAACUGCACUUUCGCUCACAGUCAGGAGGAGAAGGAUCUGUGGACGUACAUGAAGAACAACGGCUUCAAGGACAUCCAGCUGGUGUUUGACGAUUGGCUCUCAACCUCCAAACAGAACAGAGCCUCUGACAUCACCUCAGCAUCUCAGCCAAUGGAAAAGAAGCAGAUCACCAUGCCGACAGACUUUGCUGAACCGGCGCUGAACGGGUUCUACUGUUCUCUGUGUGGGAAACACAGCAGCAGUAAUCGUCAGUGGCAGCAGCACAUCUCCACAGAGAAGCACAAGCAGAGAGUGUUCAGCGGAGAGGGAGAGGACGAGAGCCUGGCCUGGUCCCACCGCUUCCCCGGACCCCGCUUCUCCAUCUGUCCCAGGUCGGAGGAGGGCUGUGCCGAUGGUGCGAGUUGUGACUUCGCUCACAGCGAGGAGGAGCUUCAGGAGUGGCGCGAACGAAGGGAUUUCCUGCGCAGGACGUUACACAGAGCCAGAGCCGAAAACCUGCUCUCCCCAACUGACAACGACUUCGGCAUCUUGACCUUCAUAUUUCAGGAUUAAAGAAAAACGACAUUUGAACCU